UCUACGAGAAGUGUUAUAGUUAAGUAUAGGGCCUUAUAUCUUGGCUAUAAGAAUCUAUCGGAUUUUUUAAGCAGGGGUGGCACUUAGUAUGAUAUCCUUACUCUCUUACCCUAUUACACUUACACCCUUUAUAGUUUUCAAUUCUGAAACUCAGAAUAAAAUCUAUCCCUGUCUAAAAAUAAAUCAAACUUGCAUAAAUAUCGUAUCUCAAAUCCCAAGGACGGAACGCACCACCGUUAUCUUUUAUGGGGCUUUUAAUUUCAAUCGUUUUCAUUACUGUAAUUGAAUUGCCGGCGAAAGAGUGUGGCAUUUAGUAUGAUAAGAAUCUCCAUUUUAUGAUAUAAAACACUUGACAUAAUUGGUUUGUACCAAUUUGUAACCUGAAUGAUGUAAUAGACAAGCUUUCAUAAAAAUAUUAAGUUUAUGUGUCUACGUACCUAUGCAAUGAUAGGGGAGAACAGACAUGGUUGUCACAGCCGUCAUAACAGACAACUUAACAUACGAAAUACGAACAUCUGCCGGCAACCGGAAAGAAUCACGGAGGCAUUAAUUCCCUUUCAACGCCGAUUUAUCAACGCCAAUCAAUAUUCGUAUGUUCUCACUAAAUUUGAAACAGUGAAAAUCACUGAAAAACAGUGUAUAUGCACUAUUUUACAGCUAUAAGUAUGCCACCCGGUAUACUUGUAACUGUAAAACAGUGAAUAGUCACUGAUUCAGAUUUAGAGAGUUGUAUUAUAUACAGCAGUAAUUCAAAAAGCAUUAGGGUGUCAUAUAAAUUCAGUAAAAAAAAUAAUCAGAAAACCAAUUAGCUUAAUUAUAAAAUCAGAGUUAAUUAAAAACUUAGUCAAAGUUUGUUAACUAAACAAACAAAUGGUAUCAUGCCUAAUUUCAGUGUCACCAUCUUUCCAUGACGUAUAUCAAGUAACAUAUGUUACUAAUUACGAGAUAUUCGCUUCCAUAGAUCACCAGUAAGUGAUAGCACAUAACUUAAUUGAAUGCUAGCUGCUAAUGGGACUUACAGACGAUAAAGGUGGGAGUAUAAAAGGCGAUCCUCAUAUGACUAGGUUUUAUUUCGUUGCCUAAUAGCUUAGGGAGCACACGGUGGUGGUGAAAAAGUUACUAUAUUACUAUCGAAAAAUUAUUAAUCAGUAAAUUAGUACAUUAUACAUCAUGGGCUGCAGUAACUCGAAGUCUCUCAAUCGGGCGGAGUUCAUAAAAUUAAUGAGAAGAAAGAACACUACGGAGAUCCUGAGAAAGGAGUAUUAUCAAAUAAGACGCGAAGAAAGUAACUUUUAUGGCGGUUUCGACGCAUGCCGAAGAAAAGAAAAUAAAUCAAAAAAUAGAGAAGAAAGCAUGCUGUGCUAUGAGCACAGCAGAGUAAUUUUACCCAUCGAAGAUAACGCAGGAGAUUACAUCAACGCAAAUUAUGUCGACGGUUGGAAGCAGAAGAGGAAAUUCAUAUGCACCCAGGGCCCUUUGAAGAAUACUGCUGCUGACUUCUGGAGGCUCAUCAUGAUGCACAGGACACGGAUCAUCGUCAUGCUGUGUGAAGCCAGUGAAAGUGAUGAUAAAGUAUGUUACAGAUAUUGGAACAGUGAUAAAGAAGUGAAAAGAAUUGGUAAAUUCAAAAUUCAAACGGUUGACAUUAUGAGUGCUCCACAUUAUACGGUGACGGUUCUGAGUGUUAGCGAUGGUACGACUUCUAGUGAUGGUACUGAGUUAUUUCAUGAAGUCAUUCACUUUGCCUAUCAAAAGUGGUCAAACGUGGCCACUUUCCAAGGUUCUAUUGAAUUUACUGACUUCAUUUUAGCAAUAAGAAGAGUGCACAAAGCCUUUAAAAAAGACUUGUUAGAAAAUAACUAUUCUAGUUAUAAGCCUCCCAUAGUUGUGCAUUGCAACUGUGGUCUUUGUAGAACUGCAGUGUUUUGUGCUAUGGAUAUUUCCAUAUCAGAGUAUCUUUCUAACGGCACAAUUUCGUUGUCACAAACUGUAAUUAAUAUUCGUAAACAGAGAUUUAAUUGUUUUUGUUGUGUAAAUGAUUAUUUGUUUUAUAAUGUCUUAAUGUUUACUUACAUUACAGUAGUUUCAGUAAAGAAAUAUCAUAAACAACAAUCGCUGUAAAUGUUUUUUACAUUGUUCUUAAUCACUAAUACUUUGUUUAGAACUGCACUGAAUUUAUAAUAUAUAUAUUUUUAUAUGUCUUUGACUGGUGUGUUUUCAUUCAAUCCUCCUCAAGAUAUGUUUCUAGCAGACAUAAAUAUUUAUCAACUUCAAGUAUUAGAGACGCAACUUCAUACUCAAACUGGAUGACUAAUUGAUGAUUAAGAUGAAUCACAUCUUCGUGGGCCUAAGUAAGUACAAGGAUGUGCAUGUAUGCUCACAUAGUAAUAACGCAUGUACGAACAUAAAAAAGCUGAACUUGAGUUCAGUAGGAGAGACUGCAGUUGUGCAAUUUCACUCGUACUGAGCAGGAUUACUAUCGCAAUGAUGAGUCAUCAUUAGGGGAAAACUAACCUUUCUCACGAUGAUUUAAACCCAGCUCACAUUCCCUAGUGGUGGGUGAACAGUCCGACACUUGGAGAAUUUUUUCUGUUAUCACCGCUGUGAUAACCAACCCGUUACUCUUGGUGUCCGUGUUUACUGUGAGAUAACUAUACUCGGUCUCCCCUCACUUCGGCUAGACAUCUUGAUACCACUGUAUCGUCAGGUUAUUUGAACACUAUUAUGCCUAGAAGUUAUGUAAACACUAUGUUUUCUCGACUCAUAAAAAUGCCUAAACUAGUGUUUACUGCCUGGCAGCUAGGUACUAUUACGCAGUAGGGGCAUAUUCCACAAGUCUCAUGUUUACAUCAUUAUAUUCUUACUUCUAUUCUGAGAGGCUAACCUCUAUUUUCCUAAAAAUAAGGUAAUUUUGUCUAGAAAAUCAUAGACUUAGAUACUAAACGUCACCGCCAUUCCUGAUUAAAAACUCUAAUUAAAAUUAAAUCAAAUUGUAGCGCUUAUGAGGCACCUUAUACUCCAAUCAGACUUAAUUGGGAUUUUGAACCGUACAGGGAUUAUUUAACUUGACGUACUUUCAUAAACAUUUCUAAUUAAUAUUUAUAAUUAGCUGGUGUGAUUCCGAAGCCUUAUGAAUAAUUAAACAAAGAGUGGUUAUACCUAUCCAAUUUACUCUUUAAUUUAGUGAUAUAAGUAAUCACUUAUGAUUAAUUAUAAUGGGAUAAUUUGUUCAAAAUUUUAAUUAAAAAUUUAAAAAGCUUUAGAAUCGACAUUUAAUUUAUUUAUCAUAUUACAAUAGCUACUGUUCUUUUAUGAUGAUAUACAUUACUUGAAGUUUUGUAUCAUGAAUUUUAUUAAUUGAUUAAAUAGCACGAAUUGAUAAUUACACAUUAGUCACAAUACUGAUUAAUAGUUAACUUAUAUACAUUAAGACAAUGUAUGAAUAAAUUAUAUCACUAC